CGAUCAGAAUGGGCGCUAUAAAAGCUCAACGGCCACGGGCAGCUGUCAAUUAGUUACGUUUGAAGCGUCUCGCCGAUCACAGAAGCCAACAUGAAGUUCGCCAUUGUCGUAGUCUUGUUCGCUCUGGCCUGGGGUGCCCACGGCUCAGUGGUGCCGCUGCUGACCUCCGCUCAUGGCUCCGCCGUGGUGCUGGGCGCUCCGGCCGUGGCCGGCUCCGUGGCCGUGCACGCCUCCGCGGUGCCCGCCGCUGUGCCCCUUGCCAUUGCCCCAGCUGGACCCAUUCUGGUGCAGUCAGCGGCCCAUUCGAUUGCCCAUGCUGCUCCAGUUGUGGUUGCGGCUCCGGCGCCCGCUGUUGUGGCCGUUGCCGCUGCACCCGCCUCGUAUGUGGCCAAGACGCGCGGUGCCGUGCAUGUCGCCCCGCUGCCCGGACAUGUCCAGAGCGCCGCCUCCGUCAACCUGGAGCCCGCACCAGGCACUUGGUAGAGAUCACACUCUGGGAUUACAAUUGCAACAGCCCUGCCUUUGACCUUGCCAUCGAUUCGUUUUUAGUUUCCUUUGUUUUUUGUUUAUUUCCCAAAAGGCUAUCCCACGCACAUCUUACUGCCAUCUAAGUCAGGCUUCGCCUCUUAUCAGCAGCUGCGCUUUGGCCAGCUCCUCUCCUACUCUACUUAUUCUGGUCUUCUUUAUGUACUUCUAUUCCUUACGAUCUGUUAACCAAAUGAUAUCCUCACAUGCACAUGAAAAUUUUGUUUCAAAAUAAAUAUGUUUAAAAUCAAAA